AUGUCUGUUCUCCGUUCUUGGAUCAAGAAGAAGACAGCUUCAAAUGCCGAACUAAAGCCCAAAUCAAAGCGUAAAUCAACGCCGGUGCUGCAGCCCGAAUCAACACCAGUAUUACAACCCGAAUCAAAGCCAGCGUCGCAGCCCGAAUCAAAACUAGAUCAUCUCGGGCUUCUAGAAAUUGCGCCUGGAAUCGAUCCUGUUGUCGAUAUUGUCGCUAUUCAUGGCCUACAAGGACACAGAGAGAGGACGUGGACAACUGAUAAUGGCAACUUUUGGCUACGGGAUCUCCUUUCUUCCGAUUUGCCCAAUGCCCGAAUCCUGAGCUAUGGAUAUGAUGCCGACACCCAUAGUCGAGAAUGCGUAUCCACUCAGACGCUCGGUCGACAUGCUGAAGGGUUCGCGCAUGCGCUCUCAAGGGAACGCAAAGACGCUCCUCGGCGUCCUAUCGUUUUCAUUGCACACAAUAUAGGAGGUAUCAUCCUCAAACGGGCUCUUGUUACUUGCCAUAAUCAGAGCUUGGAAUCAAAGGGUCACCUCCGGGAUAUCCUAACAUCCACACAUGCCGUCUUAUUUUUUGGGACUCCACAUUUCGGCGUCGAAAACACUAGUUUCCUUGAGGGAAUCAAUCUCGUACUAUCGUUGUACAUGGAGACGACGAGCGCUAUUCUCAAGGAUCUUCAAUCUCAUUCGACAGAGCUCGAGAACAUACAGAAAGACUGGAUCGCGGCGAGCGAAAGGAUCAGCAGCAUAUUCUUCUGCGAAGCCUAUACGACUUCCAAUAGAGGGGUAAUUAAUGUCCCGCGUCCCUCGGCUAUUAUCGCCGGGGACCCCAACGCGAGGACAAUCGAUCUUCAUGCAAAUCACAGUAACCUAGUCCGAUUCCCAUCCAGGUCGAACGAAAACUAUAAGAUAGUUCACUUCUACCUCAAAGAGUUCGUUGACAAUGCGCCCGAGGCAGUACGUGAGAAAUGGGUGAGAGAAGAUGAUUGUCGUAAUGCAGCAAAGGGAGAACCCACUUCUGAAAGGGUCAUGGAGCAGUCCAAAGUGAUCCUUGACAACUUCGAUAAAUCCGCGAUACUUGAGCUUCCAUUGGCAUCAUUCGUUCCAUCCUCGGUCCACCGCACCUGUCUGGAUGGAACGCGCAAGGAUGUCCUUCAGAUGAUAUGGGACUGGGCUGAAAACGACUCGUCGGAGAAGCCGAUAUUCUGGCUGUGCGAUAUUGCCGGCUCUGGAAAGUCGACAGUCGCCAUGUCCGCGGCGGAGAGUUGGCAAGAGAAAAAGAUACUGGGUGGCGGGUUCUUCUUCUCCAUGUCUAGCACCGAGUCAUCGACAACCGAAAAGUUCUGCUCCACCAUUGCACGAGACAUUGCGGACUGCAUACCCGAACUGGCACCGCACGUCGCCGAGGCUGUCAAGCAGAACCCCUCUAUUCUGCGAAGGCCUCUUGAUAAGCAGCUCCAAACACUCGUCGUCGGUCCUCUGGAUCGCCGGCAAGAGCGCGUGAUUCUCGUCAUUGACGCUCUUGACGAAUGCAAGUCGGGAUCACAAAGAAGAGAGCUUGUCGAAGCCCUUUCCACAGCCGUUCAAGGUAGCAAGAAUCUCAAGAUAUUCAUGACGAGCCGGCCGGACCCUGUGAUUCAGGCCGUCUUGGGGUCGCUCUCGAUCAAAGCCAAAUUGGAGGACCGCCUACACGACGUCAGACAUCAUGAUAAUGUCGAUGAUAUCGCAGUCUAUGUGCAUCGAUCGCUAGAUGGAGUCUUGCCAGAGGACAAGAGACAACGACUGGUUGGAAAGGCGAACGGGCUGUUCAUUUGGGCGAGCACUGCGUGUCGGAUGCUCACAAACGAAACCACAAUGAACACAGCUGAAAGUAUAUAUGAUCAACUUAUAUCCUUGGAUCAACCUGGAGCGAUAGACGAAGUAUAUGGGCUCAUAUUCGAGCGCACAGACCCGAACUCUUAUAGGCUCAUGUGCCAAAUGCUUGCUAUGCUCGUUGCAGCAUUUGAGCCUCUGAGCAUCGACGAUUUGGAUGACCGUCUCAAACAUGCUGGACUUCGAGCAAGCGGCAAGGCCUUUGUGCAGAACCUAGGGAGCGUACUCAGCACGGACUCUAGUACAAAUCUGAUCCAGUUCCGUCAUCCCACCCUCGUCGAGUACCUUCGACGCUGUUCCCUCACCACAGCGGUUGGUGGUGGCAACAAACUUUACAUCGACAUCACCAAUGCGCACGGCCAGGCGGCAUCAUGGUGCCUCCAAUACCUCAAGUCCCCUACCAACGGUCUCAAAUUCAACAUCUGUCAACUCGAGUCAUCUUUCUACCUGAAUAAGCAAUUCCCGGACUUCGAUGCCAGAGUGUCCAGGUUCAUUUCAAAGAGACUUCGAUACGCUAGCUCCCAUUGGGUGUUCCACAUGUCGGAAACGGACGAAAACUGGCGUCGCAGACUCAAGAAUGAAGCUUCUUCAAUGAUUCGAAUCCCAUACGUGCUAUACUGGACGGAGGUCCUAAGCUUGACCGGAGGAGUUCCCAGAGCCAUAGCUGGUCUUCGAGCUGUCACGCGCCACGCAAGAAUUGAUGUGGACAUCAGGAGCAGCAUGGACGAGAUUCGAAGAUUUCUGAUGGCAUUCUCGGUCCCAAUCCAAGAAAGCACUCCACACAUUUACGUUUCGGCGCUUGCUUUUACUCCAAAAAAGUCACUAAUGCAUAUCGAGGGCAUAAAAGGGUAUCCAAACAUCCUCAGUGUGACACGAGGAGUCGAAGAUACAUAUCCCGGGCUUCCCAAGGCUCUUCGAGGUCACCAGGGGGACGUGAAUGCCGUUGCAUUUUCGCCGGACGGUUCGCGAAUCGUCUCUGGUUCAGACGAUAACACGAUUCGAGUAUGGGAUACGGACACUGGUCAGUCAUUAGGAGAACCACUCCAAGGUCAUGAAGACUCGGUCGUGGCCGUCGCAUUUUCGCCAGAUGGUUCGCAAAUUGUCUCUGGCUCUUUGGACAAGACGCUCCGACUGUGGGAUGUAGCCACUGGUGAGCCGUUGGGAGAGCCACUCCAAGGUCAUGAAGACGGAGUCAUGGCCGUCGCAUUCUCGCCAGAUGGUUCGCAAAUUGUCUCUGGCUCGAGCGACAACACGCUCCGACUGUGGGAUGUAGCCACUGGUGAGCCGUUGGGAGAGCCACUCCAAGGUCAUGAAAGUGAAAUCUGGGCCGUCGCAUUUUCGCCAGAUGGUUCGCAAAUUGUCUCUGGCUCGAGGGACAAGACGCUCCGACUGUGGGAUGUAGCCACUGGUGAGCCGUUGGGAGAGCCACUCCAAGGUCAUGAAAGUGAAAUCUGGGCCGUCGCAUUUUCGCCAGAUGGUUCGCAAAUUGUCUCUGGCUCGAGGGACAAGACGCUCCGACUGUGGGAUGUAGCCACUGGUGAGCCGUUGGGAGAGCCACUCCAAGGUCAUGAAGGCUGGGUCAUGGCCGUCGCAUUUUCGCCAGAUGGUUCGCAAAUUGUCUCUGGCUCGAGGGACAAGACGCUCCGACUGUGGGAUGUAGCCACUGGUGAGCCGUUGGGAGAGCCACUCCAAGGUCAUGAAAGUGAAAUCUGGGCCGUCGCAUUUUCGCCAGAUGGUUCGCAAAUUGUCUCUGGCUCGAGGGACAAGACGCUCCGACUGUGGGAUGUAGCCACUGGUGAGCCGUUGGGAGAGCCACUCCAAGGUCAUGAAAGUGAAAUCUGGGCCGUCGCAUUUUCGCCAGAUGGUUCGCAAAUUGUCUCUGGCUCGAGGGACAAGACGCUCCGACUGUGGGAUGUAGCCACUGGUGAGCCGUUGGGAGAGCCACUCCAAGGUCAUGAAGGCGAAGUCAUGGCCGUCGCAUUUUCGCCAGAUGGUUCGCAGAUUGUCUCUGGCUCGAGCGACAAGACGCUCCGACUGUGGGAUGUAGCCACUGGUGAGCCGUUGGGAGAGCCACUCCAAGGUCAUGAAGGCUCGGUCAUGGCCGUCGCAUUUUCGCCAGAUGGUUCGCAAAUUGUCUCUGGCUCGAGCGACAAGACGCUCCGACUGUGGGAUGUAGCCACUGGUGAGCCGUUGGGAGAGCCACUCCAAGGUCAUGAAGGCUGGGUCAUGGCCGUCGCAUUUUCGCCAGAUGGUUCGCAAAUUGUCUCUGGCUCGAGCGACAAGACGCUCCGACUGUGGGAUGUAGCCACUGGUGAGCCGUUGGGAGAGCCACUCCAAGGUCAUGAAAAUGGUUCGCAAAUUGUCUCUGGCUCGAGCGACAAGACGCUCCGACUGUGGGAUGUAGCCACUGGUGAGCCGUUGGGAGAGCCACUCCAAGGUCAUGAAAGUGAAAUCUGGGCCGUCGCAUUUUCGCCAGAUGGUUCGCAAAUUGUCUCUGGCUCGAGGGACAAGACGCUCCGACUGUGGGAUGUAGCCACUGGUGAGCCGUUGGGAGAGCCACUCCAGGGUCACGAAGUUUCAGCCGGCGCCGCCGCAUUCUCGCCAGACGAUUCACAAAUUGUCUCUGGCUCGCAAGGCCACACAAUUCAAAUAUGGCCUCGACCUUUUGGUGAGCCUAGCUUCCUCCACUAG